AUGACCGUCAACUACAAUCUUUGUGUGGCAACAUCACAUCCUUGGACUAUUCUGCGGAUUCUGUUGAGAUGGCGUGGAAGUGUCUGGAAGGCCGUUGGGAUCGAGUCGGCAAUAUGGUUACUUCUCUAUAUUCUUAUCAGUGUGAUUCGCCGACAAUUACUCAGCGCUGAACAACAGAGUCACUUUGAGAAGGCGGCCCGAGUUCUAGACCAACACAUGCGGGAUAUCCCUACUGAUUUUAUGCUUGGCUUCUUUGUUACGGUAAUCGUGACACGAUGGUCGACACUAUUCAACAAUAUUGGCCUUAUAGAGAACCUUGCUCAUGCAAUUUCGGCGUGCAUACGUGGAUCAGACGAUGCGACAAGAACACGACGUCGAAAUAUAAUCAGGUACUGUGUCGUCGCACAGCUGCUCGCCUUCCGGGAUAUCUCUGUACAGGUACGGAAGAGAUUCCCGACAAUGGAUACGAUAGUGGCUUCAGGUUUCUUGAUGCGUCAUGAACUUGAAGAACUCGAAGGUCUCAAUUCUGCCGCAGCCCAUAUGGGUAAACAUGGUUGCCUUUAUGGACUUACGUGGAUUCCUAUUGAAUGGGCGAUCACUCUUCUAAAGAAAGCCAGAUACAACGAUGAAACUAUUUCGAGCGAUAUCCUGCUUGUGAAGUGUUUGGAGGAACUUCGACGAUUUCGCACGAACCUUCUCACUCUCACCAACUAUGACUGGGUACCGAUUCCGAUAAUGUAUCCACAACUAGUCUCCCUAGCAGUUCACCUCUUCUUCUUCAUCGCCCUCUUCUCACGUCAAUUCUCCCCAUCGGACGAUACUACUGUGGAGUACGUGAUCCCUCUCAUGUCGUGUCUACAGUUCACAUUCUAUAUGGGCUGGCUGAAAGUUGCAGAAGCCCUUCUGAAUCCAUUUGGUGAAGAUGACGACGAUUUUGAGUGCAACUUCCUCUUGGAUAGGAAUCUCGUGAUAGGUAUUUCCAUUGUUGAUGACGGUAAUGAUCGUGUUCCGGAGCAGAUGAAAGACGAAUUUUGGCAGCUACCAAUCGAUCUACUCUAUAGUUCUUCGUCCAUACAACGAUACACACAACCGUUGACCGGAUCAGCUGCAGCCAUCGAGUAA